AGUAAUGGUAACACUAAUAUUACAGAAGUUACUGAAGCAAAACUGAAGGCAGUGGAAGUGUUGUGUGACUUAUAACUGGUUAGGGACUGGAAGACGUAGCCUGAGGAAUUUAAUGAACAUAAUGUAAUUUUCAAUAUGAGGCUAUAGUAUUUCCAGUUAAAGAAAGAACAGUUUAGCUUGGGAAUUUCAGUGAGCAUAUUGUGUGUUUUCACUAAAAAAUGAUUUAUUUUUUUUUCCUGACUGGAUGAAUCAAGGAAAGAAAGAACAUGAUACUGGGUUUUGUUAUGAAGUUUUAUUAGUGUGCAUUUAGGAUGACUUUAUUUCUCUGUGGUUUUAAAAUCUUGAGCGAAUAAUCUGAAAGGAGUGCCAAUAAAUCCAUUUCCUCCUGUUUGCUAUACAUAUGUCACACUUCGAGAAAAUGCAUUUGUCUCUGAGAAGUGUUUUUUUUUUUUUUUUAAGUGAUUUGGCAUUAUUUCUUAUGUUCUUUCACCUGUUACUUGAGGUAGAUUUUAAUCACUGUAGUCAAGCAGCUGUGAUCUCCUAAGGUGAAGAAAACUAUAACUAAUAUUAUAACAUACAAAAAAAAAAAAAUCACCUGAAUUUAUGCAGCCAUAAAGGAGUAAAUUCCUGUACUCAUGCUGAUUAACAAGAUUAUGAAGUAAGUGCUAGGAGAAUUAUUAAAGGAUGUUUUUGAUAGAUGAAAUGUGCAAAGCUUUCUGAACAACAGAAAACUGUCAGACUCUUUAAAGUCUGGAAGCUUGUUAAUUCUUUUUAGGGAGAUUGCAUGGGAAAAAUAAUUUUCUUUUCCCAGAAAUGCCCUAGCUUACAGGGACUUGACAAAUAGUGUAGAUCAAUAAAUGGGAUUCAUCUAUUACAUUAUUUUCUUCUGGUUGAAGGAAAACUGUCCUGAGUAUGAAAACAAUCUCUGGAAUGUAAUUCAGUAUUUGAAUUUAUGGUGAAUGUAAACUAUAGUCCUACAAAGAAUAACUUUUUCGGUCCAGUGAAAAAAACACACUUAUUUCAAAAAUAAUUACGCCAAGGGGGUGUUAUCAGUGAAGCCCCUUAGUUUAUGCUGACGAUUUGUCAAAAGUCACAUGGAAAUAAAACUCUGAACAGAUUCCUGACCAUCAAGUAUAAAAAUACAUGAUUUUGUUUUCUGUUGUAUUACAAAUUCUUUUGUGCAGGAAUGAUUUGUUGUAGCUGUCUCAGUUAGAGGAGGAUUAGCUAUAGGCUCUUUCUCUGUUUCUGCAAGGGAAAGUUCAUAAAGUACUGAUAGUGCUCACCUGUUCCCACCAGCUGAGGUGGCGUAUAUUCUCCUGCUACGCAGAUUAUCCAGUUCCUUCACAUGAAAUGGCCUGAAAAAAAAAUUAUUCCAAACCUAAAAAAUUGUUUAAUUUGACUCAGGUUUAUUGUUUGUAUUACAUUAAAAUGUUAUGCUUAAUCCAAUGAAAUAACCAUUCAUCACCUAGGAAAGUGAUUUCCAUUAUCACGAAAGCUAGAGAAAACUCCAAAGCUUUUUGGUGAACCUGAAAAUCAUGAUUUUUUCUCCUGUUUCACUUGCAUUAAAUUCCCCCUCCUACCUUCAUUUCCAGUUAUAAAUAUUCCUUUUAGUAGCAGUUCAGUUAACAUGAAAAUGACACGUUAGUUUCUAAGGGGAAUUUAAUCAUAAAGAAUUCAACUGUGGUUUUGCCACAGUCCCUGGGUAAGUGGCUUCAUAUUAUGGAGCUGCUUCUGAAUGAAUAAAUGGUUUCUGAUUCCCUAUUUUUCUAGAUCUAUGUAGGGCAUCGAUUACAUUCUUCUCUAAAUCAUUACAGCUGAACGAGUUUAUGUACUGAGGCCAUCCUGUCUGUCUUUGCCAUCUAUAUGUAAUGGUCUUCAUCUGUAGUAUAACUACAGUGCUACUCCUACAGCUAGCCAAAGGAUAGUUAAAGCUGGAGAGUAUGUGGCUGUCUCUAUGGUAUUCAAAGGGUUUACACAUUUUUUGUAGUGCUUAACGUUUUAAAAUGUACAAAAUUUAUUAUAUCUUCAUUCACUUAGAGAAAAAGGUAUCUACUAGCAAUAUUAAAUGUCAAAAUAUAGAGAGCCCUUCAGCUCUCUAUAUGUAUGUUAUCUCCAUGUAUGUUAUCUAGAAUAUAUAAACAACAAACAUACAUAAAAAUCUAGUCAUUAAACAAACCAGACACAAGUAUUCCUGUAGAAAAUGCAGCCAUAUAAUGUGCAUGGUGAAAAAGACAGCUCUAAAAGGCAGCAACUUUUUGUGGUUCUUCUGAGGAGAAGUAUUGAUUUCAGAAAAACAUAAGUAAGUAGGCAGCACAUUUCUUGGUAAUACAAAAAUUUCAGAGCAAGGGUAUGAUAAUGUUUAUUACAUACCAGAGAGAGUUUUAUGGUUUGUUACAUGCAGUCUCAAAAUGACGAUAGUAUUAUACUAAGAUAGCUACAAUUUUGCAGUAGCUUGUGGCACUGAAUAUUUCACCUUUUAGAGGUAGUGGUGCAUAAAACAUGCACGCUAGUUUAGCCUCUCUGUAAUUUGGACAGUAUUGCUGUUAACAUGGGCAUAUAGAUUGGAAGGUGUAUUUUAAUAAAAAAGAAAAUUUCCAAAGCAAACAAAAUAUUUAAAUGUUUGACUGUUUCUUUACAUUUAUCCAAUGUAUUUUUUCUCAUAGAAGCUUGGCCAAGGAAACCCAUUACACAUCUGUUUGUAGUACACAGGAACCCAGUUAAAAUUUCCUUAGGGGAGGAUUUUUGGUACUAUAGUGAAAGUGUAGAAAUUGGAGCAUAAGAGUUAGCUAGAUUAGUAGCUUGUCCAAAACAAAACAAACCUGAAGGUGACUCUCCAAGCAUGGUAGCUGUUUUUUUGUUGUUGUUGUUUUGUUUUGUAUGCUUGUCUGUAUAGUCUGUAGUUACAUUUUCACUGGGCUUACUUUUUAUUAGCAGCUUUGGUAAAUGAAAAAUCUUUCCAAUAUAUUUGAAACAGAAUUGAUUCUGAUCAUAGAUACUGUGUCUAGAACUGUGUCUUCCCUGGAAUGGAAUCAUUAUGUUAAGAAACAGACUAUGUUAACGUGAGCUACCAAAGAAUGCAAAUGUUUUCCUUUAUUCAUGGGAGUGUUUCAAGCGUUGAAGCAUAGCUACUUAGAGCUUAUCAACUAUUUUUUUCUAGGUGACUGGCCUUUUAUUAGAUUUGUGUAGUAGAAAUCAAGACUAUAUUUAGAUUUUGUGCAGCUACCAAAGAUGUUGCCUAUAAUUUUGUUCAUUUGCUGACUCAGAGUAAAGAUUGUUUUAUGUCACUGUUCUGUUUUAAUGGUACAAUGAGAGCUCACUGCCAGGAAUAAUCCAAAUCAUGCUUUCUGUAGUACUCCAAGCAUCAUGAAAACAAGGGAACAGAGGUGUAAGAUGUCUAUGGUGUCCUUCAUGCCUGUGGUAGAAAGGGCUGUUACACCCAAGGGCAAAUCCAAGGAAGCAGUUUCUUACUCUUCUGCUUUUUAUUUCUUACUAAUUUGAUAUUAACUAGAUGUAAUUCUUACUGGAAUUACUCUUGGUUGAAACUGACAUUACUCUCAACCUCCUUAUUGAAACAAUUCUAUAAUACUGGGUGCACAGAAAAAAGUUCUGCUAAGUGACCCAUAAAACAAUAGUUUUCCAUUACAUUAGAUGAAAAAUACAUAUACUACUGCAGUUCUAGUUUGCAAAUUCUUCUGUAUGAGUUAUAGACACAUGAAAGAAGGUAAUUCAGAAGUUAUUUUUCAUUCAGACAUCUGAAUACAGCUUAGGGUAAAUGCUUUUUUGAUGGCAUGCUCUGUUCUGAAUAUUUUUUCCCUUUUCAUAGGUGAAUUUUAAUAUGACCAUAGGUUCAUUGGAUAGAGAACAACAUAAAUAAUACAUUACAAAGAUGACAGAAUCAGAUUUUCUAUGAAAAGCUAAAUUUACCAUGUGAUAGCAUCAGAUUAGUAACAGAACUUGCAAUGUUCAGUAUAGUCCAUAACUCGUUAUAACUGAAUAACUGAUGUCAGAUUUGCUAAAACUGACAUCAUAAUUUGUGUCAUUUAUAGCAUUAUACAAGUUGUAUAUAUUCUCCUGUAAUCCAAACAAUGAAAUUCAAAAUGCUGGGGGAGGGGCUUAUUUAAGACUGCUAGAAGCAGCAAAAGUAUACUUCUCACAUUUAAGCUUUUUCGAAGAUAUUAAAUCAUGACUGUCAGCUUUAAAAUAAGAUUAUCAUAAUGGAAUAUAAUAUGAAGUGACACGGUGUUCUACAAUAUAGGAAUAGCAAAGAAAAUACAUUAUCAGCUGCGUCUCAUUUAUUUACAUUUCACAUGAACUUACUUAAAUAAUGUCACUCCUACACACACCUGAAAUAUGUGAACAAGACGAAUUAUACCAAAUGCCCUACUGCACUGGAAAAUGCAUUUCAUUACUCAAGCAUAAACCCUUGCAAUAUAUGAAAAAGAACAGCUUUUAAAUGCUGCCAUCUUGGUUAUGGUCACUUGGUACAAUGGCCAAAUUUUAAGUCAGUAAAGCUGAGAAGAAAACAAAAGAAUAAGGAGGCCUAGAAAACUAAAAUCUCUCCUUAACAGCCUGUGGAUAUUUCUUUGGAGAGUGAAUAUUUGAUUCAUUUUCUAUGCCUACCUUUAACUUCCGUGUGAAAGUCCACAUGCUUUAACCAACAGAGCUUUUAAUGAUUCAGUAUGUGACACCCUCUGGAACACAGUAUUGAACCUGAGACACUGUGUGGCUCUGAAAUUCAGAACAUAAAAGAGUAGGCCUAGGAGGAGUGAAAAUGGCAUUUGGGUGAAGUCAGGUAUGAAUCUCCUAUUUUUAUUUACAGUCUUUAUUGCCUUCCUCCCUCUAGACCUUAAAAUACAGUCCAGCAAUAAAAAUCAGUAAGGUAAUGAGGGUAAGUGACAGCAACUAUUGAAUUACAAACAUUUUUGUGAUGACAUACGCUCACUCUUCUACCAAGUUGUUAAAGUCCAGUUUAUUAAUUUAAUUUAUUAAUUUAUUAUUAAUGCUGGGCAACAAUAAUAGCACAAGCUGCCCCCAGAAUAUUGUAUGUAGUAUAUUGGCGAGACACAUCGUCAUAAAAAAAAGACUACUGAGACACCGAAGAAAGUUCAAAGCAGUGUAACUGAGGUGAGAGAGACUGAAGAAUAUGACUUAGAAUGAAAGAUUGAUUGAACUUAAUUUGAAUAAACUGGAUAAGAGGUGAUUAAAGGAGGAUAUGAAAUCACUGUACAAAUAUUUGAAAGGUGUUAAUAAAAGAGAGGCACAGGGACUGUUUCUGUAAUUACUCAUGAUAAAAUGACAAGGUAGCAUUUUCAAAUGAGAGUGAGAUGGGAAAACAGUUUUGAUACAGGAAAUAACAUUCAACUGCAAGGGAAAGUAAUGAGCUUCUAAGAACAGAACUAACUCAUGUUCAACAGACCCUUUCUAAAUAGUUCAGUUUCUGAAUAGUUUAGAUUUAAACCCUGGUGAGAUUGGCGUAGAGAAGGAACCUGUUCAACAUUAGGCACAGCCUGGAUUGAACUACAGCUUUCUAACUCAUUUUAUUAACCAGUGCUGCUGUGAUAUUCCUGAAAAUUACUACAGAUUCAGUUACAGUUAACUUAUUUUUGAAACUGAAAUAAUUGUAAGAGGCAUGAACCAGGAUGGACAGAUGUUGUUCUGUUGUUGUGUCUUGGCAAAUAAGGUGUAUGAACUCAUUUCCCAGGCAAGAAGGCAGAUGUGUGCAGUAGCAGACAGAAGAUAGGUUUGUAGGCCUGAUAGCAGUAUCAUUCCCAGUGUAGCAGAAUCAGCUCCAGCACAUACUGAAUUUCUGGAGUCUGUGCUCAGUCACUAGCACUUGGUUACAGCACCUUCAGCUCAGUCUGUACAGUCUCUGAUGUACUUAGGUGCAAUGCUGAAAAUAGAGUAUAUUUUCAAACUAGUAUGAACCUUUUUUUUUUUUGCCAUUGUGUACUAAGUAUACUGUACAACCUUAGGAGUUGUGGUAAGGUGUUUGUACAGAGAAUCAUUGGUGAUUCUGAGUUGUCUUGGUGACAGCCCAUUAGGAGAGUGUUGUACUGACAAACUGCUAGUGCAGCAGACCCAAGGGUCAGUUCUUGCUUUUUGCUUAGAAGUAUAAAGUGCAACCAUUAUGGAUAAGGUAUGUAGGAUUGGUCCUGCAGCAGUGGCAAAAGCAGCGUUUUCUGAUUAAUAAAGAAAGUAUAAAAUCAUUGUGGAGAGGUUUGAAAGCAGUUAUGACAAUCUGUAGAUGGUAAAGAUGAUUCGCUUAAGAUCAAGACAGACUGGCAUUUGAAAAAAAAAAAACCAAAAACAAAAGUGAUUUCUGUUUCUAGAGUUUAUCUAGAAAUAGUAUUAGCAAACAGGCUGAUACCACAUUUAUUUCUUGCAUUUCAGAGCAAUACCUCCAUCAUUUUAGAAAGCUAGUGAAAUAGAGCAGCAACUUUUCUCAUGCUGAGUAGAAGAACUGGGGAUACAUAUCUAAAUAAUAUUGUGCUUCCAGAGACUGAAUUAGAAGAGAGGAGUUUGAGCUACACGGUUAUAUUUGGAAAAUAUCUGAAAAAGAGUCCAAAGCUACAUUUUCUGAAGUGUUUAGUAGAGUUACAAGUAUUACUGGAUCAUAACAAAUUAAAUCAUAAGGAAACAGGUUCAUAAAUGUAGUGCAAAAUGUUUGUUUACUGCAUUCAUUCUCAGUUGGUGAGAGGGUGACCCUUUCACAUUCCAGUGAAAACUUGUUCCCAGAGAAAAAGGAAUGGCUGGUAAGUCUCUAGUAUGAGAUGAAAGCAUUUUUUUUCCUUGCUGUAAAACCCAGAUACAAGUUCAUCUGAAUUGAAAUGGUAGUAUUAUAAUAGGUGUUAUCUGAUCAUGAUAUUCUUCAAGAAAAAUAUAUCUAGUGAAAGACAGGUAGUGUUCAUUUAUGCACAAAGGCAAGCUUGCAAGGUCUACUUCAAAAUGAAAGCAAGAACUGAAAAAACAUGUAAAUGGAAGUAAUAUGGGCUGAAAAAGUAGAUAUAAUAGAUUGUAGGUUAAACAAGAAACUAUAGAGAUUUAAUAGAACAGUAUUCGCCCUUCAUCUUUUUGUUUAACAGAGAGGCAGAUAGUGUCGUCUUUCCCAUACAGUUUUAAAAAAUAAACAUGGUAAUAAAAUAUGCACACUGUUAGCUUCUCUCUUAAAAAUAAAAAAUGGCAUAGAAUCACUCCACAGGUAAUUAUAUAACACAGCAUUCAUUUCCUUACCUAGAGUUUAUUUUUACUGUGGCUAAUGGCUUUGAUUUGAAAUACGUCUACAUCUGACUGUAGUUCAGAUACUCCUGUAAUUGUUAAUUUUUCUGUAAAGUUAGCCAACUUAGACACUACAGCUGUUUUUCUUGUCUUGCUAGAAUAAAAGUCCUAAAGGCAUUAAACCUUAGUAAGGAAUGGGAAUAAUUUUUAUUAAAAAGAUUAUGAUUUAUAUGAAGGGUAAAUUGAAUUUAAAAAUAGUGGAACAGUAUGCCUGUAUAACAUCCUCAAAGGACUAGAAUUUCUUUAAUUUUCAAGAAAGUUAGUAGUGAUCUAUUCAUUUUUAAGGAAUUAUGGUACAGGUUUUCCAGAGGUCUCCAAGUGAACAUUUUUUAUGGGCUGCUAAAACAUCACUGAAGUCACUGUGCUUCAUGGGAGUACAAAGAAUACAUCUCGCAGCUCUCUGAAGAAAUUACAAGAUUGAUUUUGCAGUAGUUUGGGUCCUAAAUGGCUGUUAUAUUUAAUAAAAAUCUCCACCAAGAUUUUAGCGUGGAAGGAAGAUCAAAGCAAUUACUUAGCUCUUCCAAAAUGAAGAAGGGAAAGUUCCAAAGCAUGCUAGCUGAAAUAGCAGGAAGUCUUCAUCAAAACAUGUGAGAUAAAUGAGAUUCUUAAGAAAAGCUUUUCAGGUUCAGAUUCCAAUUUUGCAUAGUGCUUGCUUGGGUUUGGUCCAUGUUCUCAAUUAUUACAAUGUGUACUGUUACAGUGUUACCAUAAAGAGAUCCUUAAAAAAGGGAAGUGAAAAAUGGAAAACAGAUCCUUAUUUUUUAUUGUUGCUUUUCCUCCUCUUCAUCAGCUAUAGCCUUUGUAACUUUGCUUCUUUUCCCCUGAUCUUUUUCAGUUUGAGAUAGUGUAUAUUCUUCCAAAUAGGUUUUUGAAAGUAGUCCACGGGGGUGCAUUUUAACCGAUUCAAGUUGUGAGGCAGAUUGUGUGAAUUGCUCACUGUGUGCAUUUAGGACCACUGUAAAAGUAAAUCCCAUUCUACAGCUGUUUUAUUUGCUAUUGAGCAGUGUGACACCAAUCGCUGCUUAGGAAAAGCAACUCAGCCAAAAAAGAAUAAAUAAAUAAAUAAAAGGAACUUCCUUGGGGAUGUUCUCAUUCUUUGAAGAAAUCGGUUACUUCCUGAUUUCUUUAUCUUCCAGCCCACUUUCUUAGGUUUCCAGCUUUAGUCAGAGUAUUUGUAGCUAAAUUAUGAUAGAGCUUUCUUUCCUAUGCUUGAACUACAUGUCCAUCAAAAGUUUUCACAGGCCUAAGGUUUGUAAAGUAUUUUAGAAUACACAGAGAAGUUUUAGGCAAUAUGGAGAGGGACCUCAAGCAGUAUUCAGUAAGUAACCCUACCUUCAAAAAGAAUGAGAUCUACUCAUUCAAAUUCUCAACAGGUAUUUGAAUAAUAGGUUCCCACAGACUUUUAGUGAUGGAAAUAUUAUAAAUUCUAUAAGUAGCCUUCUCUAACUGUACUUACUUCUCUGGUAGAAAGCAUUCACCUAAUGCUUAACUGAAAUCUCUUGUGCUGCAGCUUAAACCUGUUUUGUCAUUUACAUUGUAGUUCCAUCGUUUCUUCUCUUACUCUCAUCGGGAAAGGAGAGUAGCUCCCAGUACGUUUUCCAUAUUUGGCUGCAGACUCUUUGCUCAUAGUUCUCUAACUUACUUGAACCAGAUUUUUUGUCAGACUUUCUGCUACUUUAGUCAUUGCUUUACUCACUGCUUAAUUCAUCAUCAGUUUGAAUACAGAAGAGGAAUACCCAAAAUCAAACACAGUGUUCCAGCAGUGUGUGGGGACUGAAGGGAUUAUUACUCCACCAUUCUUGCAUACAAUAUACUAGCUAAAGUAUAAUCACAAAAUGCUUGAACGCUUUUAACAGUAAAAUGCUGUAGACUCAUAUUCAACUCUUUUUGACUCCACAUUUUUUUAUCUCAUGAGUCACCUGCUCUAUUGUAAUUGUGAAGUUAACUGUUUCACCCACACAAAAUACUUUUUAUUUGUCAAACGGAGUUGCAUUCUGCUUUUUUAGACUAUCCAAUCUGUCAAAAUUGUUUUGAACUGUAAUCCUCUUCUUCUAGUAUUUGCAACUACUCCCAACUUUGUGUCACCUGAAAGGCUUGAUAAAUUUUUCUUGUCUUCCACCAUUCAGAAAAUACUGAAUGAUGCUAGAAGCAGAACAAACCCUAUGAACAACUUCAUCCAUCCAUCCAAUUUGACAGUAAGCCAUUGAUAACUUUUCUGAAUACAAUUUUCCAGCAAGCGUCUACCUGCCUUACAUUAGUCUUUGGUAAUUCUCAUCUCUUGCUUUUAAACUACACUUCUGUUUGGCGUAUAUCAUUUUCAUCCAUCAUAACAUGCUAAAACUGAAUUAUUCUCAAUUUGUUUCUGGCUUGAAUUGAAGUAGAGUGAGUUGAAUGGUCAAUGAAUUAAUGUGCUGUAUGCCUAUUAAUAUUUGUUGAGCUUAUUACUAUUAUUUAGAUUUAGAAUUUGGUGAUUUGACAUUUUCUAAAAAUUGAUUGAAAAUUUCAGUAUUUCUUGUGAGCACAACUAGAGAACUGGUGAAUAAAGAAAUAAAUAAAACAAAUGGUUACAUUUGAAAUUGUCUGUGCGUAACUCUGCCUUUUGUCUUGAUCACAUUACUUUUUUAGGAAAGGAUGGAGCCUUUUUGUGUUUGUUAAUUUGCCUCAUAAGAGAUAAUGAUGCUUUUUUUUUGUUUUAGCUGAUUUCAGUCCUCUAGAUAGUGAACACAGAAAUAUAGGUGGUAACAACCCAUAUAAUUCUGAAAUAUUCAAUAUUUAAAAAUGCUCAGCUGCAGGUACGGUAAUUAAAAGAGUACAUUUCUUUUUUACAUUUUCAUUUUUGUUUGAAAUCGAAACUUGUAUUUAUCUUUGCCUCUUAGCCUCUAGCAAAUGGUUUAUGGUUGAGACAGUAGAUAGGAAUAUUGAAAUAACAGAUUGUGUUAGUGUUAUCACCCAGAGAUACCCCAAAAUUUUGUUCCUUAAAGGUCAGAAACCAUAAUUCUUUUGUAGACACUUAUUAAGAUAUUUUAGUUUUUCUUUUACCUUUCAAACUAUAGCCAAGGGAUAGAGUGUUUCAUACAUUAAUAGACAAAUUAAAAUACAUGCCUAAGAAAAAUAUCACUUUAUUGAAUUAUUUAACUUUUCUUAGAGUCAAGAAUACUAAAUGUGGCUUUUUUUUUUUUACAAUUCUAGGCCUGAUUUAACUAUGUAAAUUACUUUUUUUUUUUUUAUUAAAAAAUAAGAUAACAGUAGAAACUGUUUGCCUAAAAAAAAUAAUGGAGAAAAAGUUAUGUUAGGCUUAAUUCAAAAGCUGUUGAAAUAAUAUUUCAGUGAUAUCUUGAUCAGGUCUAUGAAUGAAAAAAAAAUAAUAUUCUAGCAUCCUUUUUUAAAGUCACUUUAUUUAUAACAAUGGAGUUAUUUGCAGAAUGCAUCAUUACAAUUCCUAAUUUAUUUUUUUUUUUAUUUCUAUGGGAAAACAUUUGAUUUCUCUGGGAGGUAAUAAAGAAACCAAAUUCUGUAUCAAGAAAAAAGAAAUAAGUAUCACAGCUAUAAUUAAAACAGCUCUUCCCAACAUGGACAGAGAAGCCAAAGAAGAAUACUUUGUUGUCAUCCAAGCAAAGGACAUGGGAGGACAUAUGGGUGGACUCUCUGGAACUACAACAGUGACAAUUACACUCACUGAUGUUAAUGACAAUCCUCCUAAGUUUGCACAGAGUAUGUAUCACUUCUCAGUAAUGGAGGAUGUUGCUCUUGGGGAACCUAUAGGAAGAGUGAAAGCAAAUGACCUGGAUAUUGGAGAAAAUGCUAAGUCAUCCUAUGAUAUUAUUGAAGGAGAUGGAAUGGAUAUUUUUGAAAUCACUACAGAUGCCCAAACUCAGGAUGGCAUUAUUAGAGUGAGAAAGCCACUGGACUUUGAGACCAAAAAAUCCUAUACUCUGAAGGUAGAAGCAGCCAACAUUCAUAUUGAUCCUCGCUUCAUCAGUGGAGGACCAUUCAAGGAUACAGCAACAGUAAAAAUUGUAGUAGAGGAUGCUGAUGAGCCACCAGUCUUUUCAUCACCUACUUACCUACUGGAAGUGCAUGAAAAUGCUGCUAUUAACUCUGUGAUUGGUCAGGUGACUGCCCAUGACCCCGAUGUGUCUUCCAGUCCUAUAAGGUUUUCCAUUGAUCGCCAUACUGACCUUGAGAGACAGUUCAACAUUAAUGCAGAAGAUGGGAAAAUAACUUUGGCAACACCACUGGACAGAGAAACAAAUAUGUGGCACAACAUAACUAUUGUAGCUACUGAAACUAGGAACCACAGUCAAGUGUCCCGGGUGCCUGUUGCUAUCAAAGUUCUUGAUGUAAAUGACAAUGCUCCUGAGUUUGCGUCAGAACAUGAAGCAUUUUUAUGUGAGAAUGGGAAGCCUGGACAAGUAAUUCAGAUUGUCAGUGCUGUUGACAAAGAUGAUCCUAAAAAUGGGCAUUACUUCCUAUAUAGUCUUCUUCCCGAAAUGGUCAACAAUCCAAAUUUCACCAUCAAGAAAAAUGAAGAUAAUACUCUCAGCAUUUUGGCAAAGCACAGUGGAUUCAGCCGGCAGAAGCAAGAAGUAUACCUACUGCCAAUCAUAAUAAGUGAUAGUGGAAAUCCUCCCAUGAGCAGCACUAGCACACUUACUAUUCGAGUCUGUGGUUGCAGCAGUGAUGGAAUUGUCCAGUCCUGUAAUGUUGAAGCAUACGUACUUCCCAUUGGACUCAGCAUGGGAGCCCUAAUUGCAAUAUUAGCAUGCAUCAUUUUGCUGCUAGUCAUUGUGGUGCUGUUUGUAACACUAAGAAGACAUAAGAAUGAGCCCCUAAUCAUCAAAGAUGAUGAAGAUGUGAGGGAAAAUAUUAUUCGGUAUGAUGAUGAAGGAGGUGGAGAAGAAGAUACAGAGGCUUUUGACAUUGCAACUUUGCAAAAUCCAGAUGGAAUUAAUGGAUUUUUGCCUCGUAAGGAUAUUAAGCCUGAUCUUCAAUUUAUGCCCAGGCAGGGUCUUGCACCUGUUCCCAAUGGUGUUGAUGUUGAUGAAUUUAUUAAUGUAAGGCUUCAUGAAGCUGAUAAUGAUCCCACAGCUCCACCAUAUGACUCAAUCCAGAUUUAUGGCUAUGAAGGAAGAGGGUCAGCGGCUGGUUCCCUUAGCUCAUUGGAGUCUUCUGCAUCAGACUCAGACCAGAAUUUUGACUACCUCAGUGAAUGGGGUCCUCGCUUUAAAAGACUUGGAGAACUUUACUCAGUUGGAGAAAGUGACAAAGAAACUUGACAGUGGAUUACAAACUUUUUCACUGUUGACUUAAUGAUCAUGUAAUAUUCUAGGGCCACUACUGUUAGUUAAAACUAAUGUGGCUUUUUGUUUUAGAGGCAAGUUUAGCGCCAGUCAUCUAUAAAAUCAACUACAUUGUAAUGUUGAACCAAAUAAAAAAAGUAUAUGUUAGGAGGUUAAGUCUUGUGGAGUGUGAAGUAAAGUAUGUGGAGUGUCUAGAAGUCUUUGGAUAUUUGAUAUUCACUUGACCACUCUGAAGAUGGAGAUUUGGAUCUUUGAUUAUCUUCAGUGAAUUGAAAAGAAUGAAAAGAAAUUGGUGCUUUCUUAGAAAAUGGACUUGCAGGGAUUUUGCUGUUGAACAGUAGCUCCUGCCAGUAUGUGUAAAGCUAAUGGUUUAUUUCUGCAUUGCCAACAAAGAUCCCGCCACAGAAAUGUUAAAAGCAAUAUUUUGGUCUUCUUAGCAAUGCUGAAUAGAAAUAGCAUUGUAAAUCCUUACUGGCUUCUACUGUGCAGUGACCAUACAUUGUACAUACAGUAAUUGUUGGCCACGUAACCACAGACUGAAUAUCAUCUUUAAAUAUUGUGUCAAGCCUUAAAAUAUUCACAUGUUCUUAAUCCAUUCCAGUGAUGGGUAAUAAAUACUACUAAUGUGCAGAGAUUCAGAUGCAGGGGUACAAAACCUUGCUUUACAAAAGGAUCUUUUUCUAGAAGAAGGAUCAAUCCUGUGCUUCGUCUUCUGAACGGAAAGAAAAAACCGUGAAAGGGGAUGGACUUGCAUAUAUGAAAGAAUUGCUGAUUUUAUUGCUAAAGAUCGAAUUUAUUUGUUUAAUCUUUGAAAUAAAUAUUUUAUUGAUGUCCAUUACUGCUUUUAUUUAUUAAGACUGAUAAUCUAUAGAGUAAGAUUAUAAAGAAAACUAAAUUAUAUCCAUUAAUUUUUUUCUAUAUAUAAUGAAUGUUUAAUACAUGUACAUUUUGAAAAGCAAAAGGACAAAUUGUUGCAGGUUAAAGCAGUAACCUCUCCAUUUGCAGUAGCUGAAUUUUAAGAGAAUGCUGGCAGGAAUAAAACUUUCCCAGAGAAAAACUUUUGACCGUUUUAUAUCUUCUUCAUAAAUCUAGUACCUGGUGUUUUUAAUACAAGCACAAACAGCUGGAAGUAAACUGGUUCAUGUGAAUAUUUAAACUAUAGACUUUUAGAAAUCCACACAUAACACAGUACAGUAAAAAACAUGCUUAUAGUUCUCCACUGUAUUAGAGCAGGAACCAGUGUGUACAUAAUUUUACUGCUUAUGUUAUUAGCAUUUCUUUUCUAUAAUAUUCAUAGUGAUGCACCAGGGCUCUUGCACACAGAGAAAGAACAGCACUAGAAGCUGCAAGCAUACUCAAUUUGUAAUGCAAACUUGCCAUUUAGAAGUAGCAAUUGUAUAAUAAAACUAUGUAUUACAUGCAAAUCAUUUUAAUUUUCUACUUUGUUUUGAUGCUAUAUUAUUGUUUGUUUAUUUACUCCAUGUAUUGUAUUCAGAGAAACUCCUGUAUUGUUUCCUACUUUGUGAAAUAUAUUUUUAUAAAUAC